AUGCUGUUGGACACCCGGCUACCGGCCGAGGCCACGUGGGGCGAUCCCGGCUGUCUUGCCGGCCGAGCCCGCGACGCGCCCGCCAGCCGGGCCGAUGCGCGCAGCCACCUCCACCGCUCCUCGACGGAGCACCGGCCCCUGGCGGAGGCGGCCGGCCUGGAGCACGCGCUGAGAUCCUCCCCCGCGAUCCUGGCGAGCUCGAUGCGGCGCACGCCGCAGGCGCUCCCGGUUCGGCUCGCCGGCUUCUCCGGCUGCGAGUCCCUGAGGGAUGCCAGGGUCUCGUCCAUCAAGAGCUCGGUGAGCGUCGCCACGUUUUCCCCGCUGGGCCGCGACGCGAGCCCCGCCUUUCUGCGGGUGGGCGACUGGACCUUCCACGGCAGCAUGACCACCAUCUACGACGGCUCGGCCGGCUUGUCCAACAGCUGCGUCCAGAUGGGGAGGGCAGUGUCCGUGAACAGCGCCGGCAGCCGCAGCGACAUGCUCGUGGCCGUCAAGACGGUGGCUCUCGACAGCGACGAGGACAGCGUCAAGAUGAUUAGAAGAGAGCAGGCGGUUCUUGCCGACCUCGGGGACAGCCACCCGCACAUCCUGCCCAUGCUGUGCUUCACGGAGACCAGCACCGACCUCGUCCUGCUGACGCGCUUCGCCUCCGCUGGGGACCUGGCGAGCUACAUGCCGAGGAACUCACCAGUGGCGGAGGGCGAGGUCAGGAAGCUCGCUCGGCAGCUCCUCUCUGCUCUCUCCUUCCUGCACGGGCGCCGAAUUGUCCACGGCGACAUCAAGCCCCCCAACGUGUUCCUCACCGAGUUCGACGAAGCCGGCAUGCUUGCACAGGUGUCGGAUUUCGGCCUCUCCGCCAGGGUCCCCGACGGCCAGAGCGUCGUCCGCGUGGACGGCGUGCAGGGGUCCUACGGCUUUGUGCCCGCGGAGGUGAUCGACAGGGGCGAGCUCGGCUUUGCGGCCGACCUGUUCGCGCUGGGCGUGAUGGCCUUCCGCUACCUGGGGGGCCACGACCCCUUCUUUCCCCCGUCCAGGGUCCACGACCCAUAG